AACAUCGAUACAGAUAAUGUAGGACAUCAAAUUUCGGCCCAGCCGGGCCAAAGAAGUUCUUCGAACCAGGCGCUUUCGCAUGAUGAUAGUGACCGUAGUCACAACAAUUAUUCUGAAAAAGAGAUGCCAGAUGAAUCAGAUGAUGAUGGAUAUAAUGGAUGUGGUGGAUAUAAUGAUAUG